CCUCAUGUCGCGCGCCGCUCUACUGCAACGCGCUCUCACCUUCGUUCCCUCCCAUGGGUUCACACGCUCUGCACUCACCCUCUCUUCUGUGGAUGGACAGCCGCUGUCGGAUACCGCCGUCACGGCGUUGUUCGGCAGGGGCGACGAAGCGGAGCGCACCCUGUUUCGCGCGUGGCUCGAGGAAGGGAAGAAGGAUAUGCGGGAGGGAUUGAGCGAAAGCGGGAAUUCGACAGUCGUGGCACAGGGGAACGGAGAUAAAGAAAAGUUGUACGCUUUGCUGGCAAGACGAUUGAGGUGGAACGAACCUGUCCUUGACUACCUGCCUGACGCAUUUGCACUCCUCUCUUCUCCCUCUCUCGAUCCUCCGUUCUCACUACCUCUCCCGCUGAGCAUUACCCUACCUCGAUUGCGUCUGAUACCGGGACUGGCACAUGUGAGUGCCGUGGCAGACGAAGCAUGCUGGCUCCUCUCCGAGCCUAAUGACCCACCUGGAGCAGGGAAGUACUACGCCCAACGCGCGCGGAUCGGUACUAUCUACGCGCUCUCCGAGCUCCAUCAGCUCUCCUCUCCCUCCCCUUCCUCCCGGACCGACCACUUCUUACGCGAUAUGCUCAAUUUUACUGGUACGCUGCCCCAGGUCGCUGGGGAAGUGGGCACGUUCUUGAAAUUUGUGGGGAGGAGCUGGGCGGGGAUCUUGAGGAGUCGGGGGAUGUGAGCGGAAGAGUUGAUGUGGGGAUGUGGGAGAUGAGAGGGAAGAAGGAUGUGGUGGAAUAGGAAUCACGCGGAAUAUUUGAGCGUAUUACCAAGUCACGCCCGACCAUGGUGGAAGAAUGGCCGCUUUUCUACUGUUAGAGCUCACAAGGACAGGCUGGCACGUUGCACAAUAUUAUCGGAAGAAUUUCUCACGACUAUUACAAGCAGAAUGGAGAAGCCAUCUGUGAAAUCUGGCCUCUCAAGCUCCUCGGUGGUUAUUCUACUAGAGGGGACAGAUAUCUCCGUGACAUUUGAGAUAAGUGACGCCGCCCGUCUCCAGAUUCACCUCACAAGUCUGCCUCUGCACCGCCGGCAAGGAUGCCCCGGCUCACAGGUGUCACAAGUCACUUCCCCCGUUUCCAAGUUCUUCCAGGAUGUCUGCCUCUAGAAUACCAGAGGAUGGGUUACUUCAA